GCACCUUAGGAAAAAGUCACUCUUUGCCAGGGAGUAAAAAGGGUGGGACAGAAGCUGAUGUUUUGCUUGGUGUUUAUCCACGAGUGAAUUAGCAAAACAUUCUUGUCCUAGGUGGAAGAGAGCAAGAGAGCUGUUCACAGAGUAUCGCCAUAAGGCACAAUUAAAAAUGGGAGAGGUUGUCUGCAUUUGACUAGAUUUCUUCCAGCCUGACCCCUCAUUCAAGUGUUUACAGUUUGGGAACUCCUGUUUUCCACAGGUUUUCCUUCUGACUGGUCCCUGAAAGGGAGCCUGACUCCAGCAUAUCAGAAAAGGGAAGGGAAAUACCAAUUUACAAGUUAUUAAAUAAAUGAACACCCCUGUGGAGGCAUCUGUUUUUCUGGGUGUAGAGUUACUUAUGCUGGGUAGGGCUAAGGAUUUCCUGGCUUGCUUUACACUGGGGUGCAGAAACAAUUUUGUGCUUCGCUUUGUAGGUCCACUCUUGUGGUUGCAUUGAACAAAGCCCCUGAAAAAUCCCUGGGUUAUGAAAUAUUUCCUCUCCGUUGGGUCCCGGACAAGAGAUGGCAUCUGCAGUGCCAGAAAAGGAAAUCCUUGCCUUAUAGAGCGUGCUCUUGGUGUGACACAAUGGCUGAUAUAAAGUGUUGGGGGAGCUGAGCUGAAGGCAAAGGAACAAAGGAAGAUUGAGAUUCGGUGGCUCUCUCAGACAAAAGGAAAGCGGAAAGUGUCUCAGGAUGGAUAAAUUUAAGGCUGCGCUUGUGCUGGCAGGGGUUGGGGAUGCUCUUGGUUACCGCAAUUUCUCCCGAGAAAACAAUGCUUUAGGUGCAAAAAUCCAGCAGGAGCUGAAGGAAAUUGGAGGGCUUGAGAACCUGGUGCUCUCUCCUGACAAGUGGCCAGUAAGUGACAAUACGUUCAUGCACAUGGCUACAGCAGAGGCUGUCAUCACAGAGUACCGGAGUUUAGAAGACCUGUACCGGGAGCUGGUAAAACGCUACUUGGAUGCUAUCGAUAAGCUCUCGGGGAGGCGGCCAGACCCUGCUACCAUUGAAGGCUGCAGGGAAUUAAAACCAGACAACCACCUCCUCGCUUGGCACACACCGUUCAAUGAAAAGGGUUCUGGAUUUGGAGCAUCCACAAAAGCCAUGUGUUUAGGGAUGCGGUACUGGCAGCCGGAAAAGUUGGAGCUCCUUAUUGAAGUGAGCAUUGAAUGCGGACGAAUGACUCAUAACCAUCCUACAGGCUUUCUAGGGUCCCUGUGCACAGCUCUCUUUGUGGCAUAUGCUAUACAGGGGAAACCCCUUGCGCAGUGGGGAAGAGAGAUGAUGAAGGUUGUGCCGAUGGCUGAGGAAUACUGCAAGAAGACCAUUCGCCACAUGGCAGAAUAUCAGGAGCACUGGUUUUACUUCGAAGCCAAGUGGCAGUUUUAUUUGGAGGAGAGAGAAAUCAACAACGAAAAUCAGAAUAAACCUGUUUUUCCAGACAACUAUGAUGCAGAGGAGAGAGAAAAGACAUACAGGAGAUGGAGCUCCGAAGGCCGGGGGGGGAGAAGAGGCCAUGAUGCCCCCAUGAUCGCCUACGACGCCCUGCUGGGCUGCGGCGGAGACUGGACAGAGCUCUGCAACCGCUCCAUGUUCCACGGAGGAGAAAGCGCAGCUACUGGGUCUAUCGCCGGCUGCCUGUAUGGCUUGGUUUAUGGCCUGAGCAAGGUCCCCAAAGGCUUGUACCAGGACCUGGAGCAAAGGGAGAGGCUCGAGUUCUUGGGCGAGAAUCUUUACCGACUAUCCACGGAGGAAAACACCAAAAGCACACGCUUUUGUGGAGAUGAUAAGAUGCUGGUAGACCCUUUGGUGCUAAAGAAGAAGCUCGAUAGGAUGGCAACAGAGCAAGGGGCCUUUGCUGUUCUCAGCAGUCUGCUGCUAUACGUCACCGAGCUCGCAGCCAAUGAUCCACAGCUCAACAACAAGAGGACAAAAUGGGCAGAAGGUAAAGAAAACAAGGUGAGUUAUAGCCAGCCAUGUCUAGAUGCAAACAGGGGCCAGUAUCCAACCAGAUUUCAGCUCUUGCGGGCCAGGUUUCUAAACAACAAUCGUGAGCCGUACACCAAGAAAAGACGAGAAGUUGGCAGACUGGUAAUUAAGGAGAAGCUGUGGGUGAGCAGGGCUGGUAACAAGCUGGACAGAAGCAGAGACAGGAAAGGAGAUGGAAAAGCAGCAGAGGAGGAUGAGGACACAGUGCCCAGCGAGAGGGCGAGGUGGAGCAGCGUGUGUGGGAAAAACACAGUGAAGAACAUCCUGAAGAAAUUCUUAGCUGCCGAAGAAAAAGAAGCCAAGGAAAAUUCUCCCAGCUGGAAAAAGAAGGAGCCAAAGAAUGGUUUGCCAAAGAUAGUCAAUAAGAGUGCAGUCCUGUCCAAACUGAAGGAGCAGUUUGAACAAAGCACUCUCCGCUCUGCUGCAGAGGUGAAAGCAUCCUUUUUGUGCAAAGGGGAGAAAAAGACCAAAAGCUUCCCAAGCAGAAAAACUAUUCGUAAGCCAGAGGUCAGAGUGCUGCGCACAGCAGCAAUGACAGCCACGGAUAUAAACAAUCCACACUCCCAGUUUCUGGUGUGCUCCACAGUCCCAGUGCCCAGACUCAGCAUGGCUACCAAAAUUAACCAUCCUUGGAGCUGGUUGAAAAAUAACACUGCCAAGCAGCCUUUUGGUCAUAACGCACCACUGAAGGAAAAGGGGGGAUCUGACAGAGAGCCUGAUGAGAACAACAUACCAGCAAAUGCAGCACAGGACAGGGAGCACAAAGAAGAGUUACCGGUGGCACCCAAGGUCAUGUCUGAUGCAAAGGACUGUGCUGAGACUAAAAUAGAUUCCACAAAACAAGGACCCAAUUUUAAUCCUAAUCUAGAUAGCUCUUCUAGUACCUGUAAAAACAAAGCUCUUGCAGACUGUGGUCCUCCCUUGCCUGAAUGUAGUCUAGACUGUGAGAACAAUAAUGUACUAGCUGGGCCUGAUGAAUCUUUACUGGGGAUUACCAGUGCUGUGCAACAUGUUAAGGAAGACAGUCCACCUUCUAACUCACCUUACUCUAGCACAGCUGAAGAAUCCCGUGAACCAAGUCCUCAAGAUACUAAAACAGGUGAGAUUCCUGUAAUAACUAUGUAUGUGUACAGUUCAGAGGAAGCUGACACAGAGCUCACAGAGCCAGAAAAGAAUCCUUUAUUUACAGUCCAGGAAAGAUUUCCAGAGCAGAAAGCACUGGAAAAUAUUCUGCCACUUCACUCUUCAGGAGUUCAAGCAUCUUGUGAAGUUGAGCCUCCAAUGGAGCAUCAACAGCUAACUGUUGCAACACCAGCCUCUGGCAAAAGGCCACCAAUAGUCCAAAAAGAGGCACCAGGUUUAAUAGGCAGGUGUUCUGAGGAAGCCAAAAAGGAAGUGAAAUAUCACAGUGAAGAGAAAAUAGCCUCUACUUCUAGUAAUAAUUAUAGUGAUGUCCCAAUGAAAAAUGAAGAGAAGAAUAAGAUACCCAACAGCCAAAUGCAAAAUGAAUCCAAAACCGAGCAGCAAGAGCCUCUUCAAAUGCAUAGCCCACAACAUAACUUUGUUAAUUACCAUGGAGACAUAUCAAAUCCAGAUGCCGAUCAGAUCAAACACACACUUUCCUUAAAUGAGAGCAAGGACCAGAAGUCUGGUGCUGCAGAAGAAGAGCAAAUCUCUUCUCAUUUGGAAAACAUGCAAAGCCCUUUGGCAGGUGACCUUAUGAGGCACCGUUUCUAUACUGCAGAAGAAGAUUUUAGGAAGGACAAAUCAACGUCAUCAAAUGAAAUGAUCAAUCAUGCAACCAAUCAAGCCCUGCACAGGAGUACUUUUACUGACCUGGAGACCUGUCACAAGCCAUCUAAAUCUUUCAUUGAACGUGAAGAGAGCACUGCAGAUGAGAUGACCUGGCCUGACUCUGAGGCAUGCAAGUCCCUCUCAUCAACUCUUUUGCCAACACCAAUGAGUGGGAUUGCAGGACAAAGAAUCCAUCACACUUUUGGAAAUCCCCCAGCCCAUCCUCCUAUUGAUCUGGUGAGACAGGGAGCUGAUGGUGUGGGAGAUAAGCAUGCCAGCCAUGGCUGUGAGAAACAUCCGCCACCCUCUUCAGACGAAUUGGCAAACCACGAGAAUGAUACACAGGUGGAGGAAAAAAACAUGUGUGAUUUUAAGAACCCAGUGCUGUCCGCAAAUCAUGCCAUGGAAAAUGAAAACCCUACAGCUGAAGAGAAAAAUACGUGUGAGAGGUUUGAUAACUGUCUUUCAACCAAGAAACCAGGAAAACAUGAAAAUAAAAUCACACUCACAAGAAGGCCCCUAUUAACCUUGGAGAAGAACCGAACACCAACUUCAGAUGAUACCACAAAGCAAGAAAGUGAUAUGCUGGAAAAGAACCCGUCUCCUUCAUCAGCUGAAUCAGUCUCAGACAAAAAGAAGCACGUGAAAAGUAGAAAUAAGGUCUCUGAACAUACAAAGGAUAAACUCUUGUCAUCAGAUGACGACAUAAAGCAUGAGAGUGGUAAGGUGGAGGCAGAGUACAGAGAAGAAAGAAAUGUCUUGCAUAAACCUGAGGAUGAGCAAGUAUUCACACCAAGUGAUACAGUGGAUCAUGAUAAUAACUCUUCAAAUGAGAAGAAUGUUCAAAGACCUCAAACAUCCCAGUUACCUUCAUCAAAGCAUGAUAAUAACAUUCAAGGAAUGCAAAAUACUGGGCAGAGUUUAAAGCAUCUAACACCUUCAAGAGAUUUUGUGAAGCACAAACAUGAUAUGACAGUAGAUGAAAACAUCUGCUGCAAUAAUGGUAAACACCAACUGUCCUCAUCAGAUGAACCAAUGAAACAUGCAAAUGACCAUGCAGUGCAAAAAAACAUCAAGUCAAACUUCAAGAAUUAUUCAAUGCCACCAAGACAUACAUCAAGGCAAAACAGUAAGACCACUGAUGAGGAGAAUACCCCUCAUAAUUUGAAAAAUGAACCAACGGAGCACAAAAAGAGUUUUGAAGGAGAGAGGAAUAUUUCCUGUGAUCCUAAAAAUCAAAUGCCAUCAUCAAGUCCAUUGGUAAAGCAAGACAAGAAAUCCCCCCCUCUGGAGACACAGAAACAGAUGUCACCAGGUGACUUUGUAAAGCCUGAAAAUAAGUCUACUGAAAAAAAGACUAAGCAUACCUCUGAGAAGCUCCAGACACCUUCUCCAAAUGAAGUGCUAAAGCCUCAGGAAAGAAGUUCUUCAGGAGAUGGAAAGCAAAAGUCACCAGCAGCAGAGGACAGCAGAUCACCUGAAACAAAGGCUGUGAAAGAGGAUAAUGAGCACCAGUGUUCUGGAAAGUACCAGCUGUCUUCUUCAAGAAAAUCAGCAAAGCAGGAAGAAAACAUUCCAGGAGGAGAAAAGCAGCAAGAGAGACCUGAAGAUCUUGUGCCACCUGAUACAAAUGCUGCAAGACAGAAGAACAAGUUGCCAAUUUCCAGGAAGUACCGAUCAAUAUCAUCAGAAACUUUGGUUAAGCCUCAGGAAAAAAAUACUCAAGAAAAUAAUACUCCAAAACAACAGGAACAAACAUCAGCUUCUGUAGGUUUUAAGAAGUCUGGUACUAAUGCUGUAAAAGAAAAAGGUGUAGAUCCAAAUCAUGAGAAGUCACCCUCUUCAAAGGAAGUGGUGAAGCCUCAGGAAAGAAGUUCUUCAGGAGACAGAAAGCAAAAGUCACCAGCAGCAGAGGACAGCAGAUCACCUGAAACAAAGGCUGUAAAAGAGGAUAAUGAGCACCAGUGUUCUGGGAACUACCAGCUACCUCCUCCAAGAAAAGCAGCAAAGCAUGAGGAAAACAUUCCAGGAGACAAGCAGCAAAUGAGACCUGAAGAUCUUGUGUCACCUGAUAUAAAUGCUGUAAGAGAAAAGAACAAAUUCCCAAUUUCCAGGAGGUCAGUAUCAUCAGAAACUUUGGUUAAGCCUCCGGAAAAAAAUACUCAGAAAAAGAAUACUCCAGAACAACAGCAACAAACAUCAGCUUCUGUAGGUUUUAAGAAGUCUGGUACUAAUGCUGUAAAAGAAAAAGAUGGAGAUCUACAUCCUGAGAAGUCACCCUCUUCAAAGGAGGUGGUGAAGUCCCAAGACAAGAAUACUUCAGGAGAUAGAAAGCAAAAGUCACCAGCAGCAGAGGACAGCAGAUCACCUGAAACAAAGGCUGUAAAAGAGGAUAAUGAGCACCAGUGUUCUGGGAGCUACCAGGUACCUCCUUCAAGAAAAUCAGCAAAGCAUGAGGAAAACAUUCCAGGAGGAGAGAAGCAGCAAAACAGAUCUGAAGAUUUUAUGCCACCUGAUACAAAUGCUGUAAGAGAAAAGAACAAAUUCCCAAUUUCCAGAAAGUACCGAUCAAUAUCAUCAGAAACUUUGGUUAAGCCUCAGGAAAAAAAUGCUCAGGAAAAAUAUACUCCAAAACAACAGCAACAAACAUCAGCUUCUGUAGGUUUUAAGAAGUCUGGUACUAAUGCUGUAAAAGAAAAAGAUGAAGAUCCAAAUCAUGAGAAGUCACCCUCUUCAAAGGAAGUGGUGAAGUCCCAAGACAAGAAUACUUCAGGAGACAGAAAGCAAAAGUCACCAGCAGCAGAGGACAGCAGAUCACCUGAAACAAAGGCUGUAAAAGGGGAUGAUAAACACCAGUGUUCUGUGAACCAUGAGUUACCUCUUUCAAGUAAACAAUCAAAGUCUGAGAAAAAUGCUUCAGGAGGAGAAAAACAACGAACUGUAUCUGAAAGUUUUACAAAGUCUGAUGCAAUUGCUAUAAAAGGUAAAAGCAAAGAUCCAGGUUCUGGGAUGUGCCAGUCCCCAUCUUCAAAUUUGCUGGCAAAGCUUCAAGAAAAGAACUCCACGGUCACAAAGAAGCAAUUGCCACCACCACCUGAUGAAAAAACAAUGUAUGAAACUGGUAGUCCAGAAAAAAAGAGUGGGCCUGAGAGAAGAGAAAAAUACCAGCUAUUCUCUUCAGCUCGGUCAGAGAGUCACAGCAAUGAUGGCUCAGAAAAGGAAGGCCCUGUGGGCAGCUUCAAGAGUUAUCAAGCUCCACUGCCAAGUGAUGGUAUAUAUUGUAAAAGCAGUACUCUACCAAAACAGACCAAUUUGUCCCCCAGAUCAUCCUCAUUUCAUGUUGCAUCAAAAGAGGAGGAAAAUUCGAAUGGAAAUAGAAAAGGUCAGCCUGGAUUUAAAAAGUACCAAGCUCUCUCGUCAAAGAAUUUGGAGAGGCAUGAGAAAGAUGUUGCAGAGAUGGAGGGGAGCUUGCAGGCAGCUGGCAAAACAACUGAGAACUGCGCUAAAGCAGCAUCACUCCCAAAAUACACAGCAGAAAGCUACAGUGAAAGACCCUUAGAUUCAUCUUUCAAACCACUGAUCAUUAGAGUAAUUGACACAUUUAAACAUCACAGCUAAAAAACAUGGCUACAGCUUAGGCAAGAACUUACAACUGAUCAUGCCACCGACUCUCAAUCUUUCUUUUUUCCUUUACUCUCCAGGGCAUUAUAUUAUCAUUUUUUAAUCACAAGGACAUUGACGCACAUCUGUCUGAGCUGGGCUUUUUUCCUUUCUUAAACAUUAGCCUGAAGACAUGAAUUAAAUUAAUCACUACAAAUGAAUUAGCUAAUCACUGAAUUAAUCAUCAGUUUAUAAAUUAAAUAUGAGAAAGGCUUUGAGAUCAGCAUGAAUUCAGCCCUGCUCCAGACUCUCCAUGCUAACUAAUGGGUUUUGUUUGUAACAAAGACCACUGUUCAGAGUGAACUCUAUUUGUAUUUACUUAUUCUAAUGAAACUCCACUAGAACUUCUUCCAGGAAUGGUGUUAGGCAGUGUCAGCUUUAAUUAUGUCAAAAAGCACUUGUUCGAAGCUCUGUCUUUUCACAGAUUAACAGGAGCUGUUGAUCUAUUGCUGCACUGAGUGAUGCUGUUAACAGAAGUAAUGAGGGAAGGAGGGAAAUGCUUCAUUUAUCUGCAGAAAAAUCCUUAAAGGACGUUGACACUACAAGAGGGGUUUCUGUGAAUGCGAAUGUUCAGCCUCAUUAAUAUUAAUAUUGGAAAAAAAUAGUGGUUUAACCUCCUCUUAAGCUAUUUGCACUUUGGCCAUACACUGUAUGUGCUAUUGUUGUAAAGAUAUGCCAUUUCAAGGGCUUCUUAAUUACUGCAGAUGAACAUGCAACAAGUGUAUGAGCUCAGAAAAGCUCAAUGCUGAAAGGCCCUCAGGACCUCUCCUGAGGACAAUGUAAGCCAGAAAGAUGCAACACCUUGCCAGGGCAAUUCAGCUCUUCCUGGGACAUCUGUCCCACUUCAAAUCAUGGGGCACACAGACAUGAGGCAGGUGCUGCUGCUUACAUUAAAAGUCUUACAAAGUGUUUAUUUUACAACACAAUGUGAAACGGAGCAUUAAGAAGCAGACAAUGUCACUGAAUCCUACUAAUGGGAUAUGAUUUUUUGUGUUUACAGUAAAAGUGGCUUCUGUGCAAAGUAUGUGUGUGACAAAUGUUG